AUGGCAAUUAUAUCAUUACCAAUUCCAAUGGUGUCCGUUCUUGAAAAGAAUAUUGUGAAGCCAUCGUCUCCAACCCCAACUUCCCUCAGAACCCACAGCCUCUCUUACAUUGAUCAAGCUUUAUCCAGCAUGUACCUCCCCUUUGCCUUCUUUUAUUCUAAACCCCAACCCAAUAAUAUCUCCCAGCUUAUGCAGACCUCUCUAUCGAAAACCCUUACAGCGUACUAUCCAUACGCCGGGAUGCUUAGAGACAACGCCUCCGUGGAGUGCAAUGACACGGGAGUCGAGUUCUCCGAGGUUCGAAUCCACUGCCCCAUGUCCGAUGUUCUUGAGAAUGUCGAAAAUACACAGUCCAUAGUUUUCCCGGAGAAACUGCCGUGGAGAAACUGGUAUGGCAAGUUAGCGGUGGCUCAAGUUAGCCAUUUCGAGUGUGGAGGAAUAGCAGUGAGCGCCGCCUUGUGUCACAAGAUUGGGGAUGGUUUCACCGUCACAAAGUUCAUCAAUGAUUGGGCUGCCACAACGCGUGAUCCCCACGUUAAACCGUUUGUACAUUUUGUCAGAGAUUCCGUCAUUCCGCCGCCGGAGAAAAGCCCUCCGUUGCCCGCCCCGGUGAUCGUGGCGGAAACUCAACAUUGUCGCCAAAUAAGAUACUUUUUCUCUGCCUCUAAGCUAAACUCCCUUAAAGCAAUGGUAAAAGCCAAAACGGGGAUACAAAAUCCGACGCGCACGGAAGUUGUAAGUGCAUUUCUUUACAAGUGCAUUGUCUCGGCAGUGAAAACGCGAGAAGUCUCCCACCCCCUCCGACCAUCCCAACUCUUCCACUACGCUAACAUCCGACCGCUGGCUCUCCCGCAGAGCUUAGCCGCAACAUCCGCCGGAAACCUGCUUUCCACGUUUUGCAUAUCAACAACACACGACGACGAAAUGGACGUGGCGAAGUUAGUAGCCAAAUUGAGGAAGGGAAAACAAGGGCUCUAUGCAAAAGACAUGACCAGAGAAAACGAGUUAGCCUUGGAGAUAUACGAAUCCACAAAAAAGGGAGACAAGCCAUACGAGGAGGAUGGGUUUGAUAAGUACUUUUUUAGUAGCGUAUGUAAUUUCCCAUUGUACGACGUGGAUUUUGGGUGGGGGAGACCGAAGCACGUGAGUGUUCCAAUGGGCCCGUUCAAGAACUUCAUUCUCUUGUCCGGAAAUAAGAGUAUGGACGGUGUAGAUGCGUGGGUGACAAUGGAAGAAGGUCACAUGGCCGCGCUUGAGCAAUAUGAAGAGCUAGAAGAGUUUGCUGGGAUGGUUCUAUCUAGGUGA